GUCUGAAUAUUAUGCUAACUUCUCUGUGUUGUCGCUAUAGUUUGGGUUUCUCGACUGAACCGAACAUUGUCCUUUCACCGAUAUGCACCCGCUGAUAUCACACGAAUUUAAAACAUUAACUUUUAUUCGGAGUUAGCAUGUGUUGGGAAAAGAAACCGCGAUUUUUUGCGGCUAAUCUCUGGUCGAGUUUAACAAAUUUGAGCGCCUUCGUCUACUUCCGCUGCUAAACUGCGCGCGCAGCUCUCAUUGUUUACAAACAGCCCAGAGGGGUUAUUAUACCGGAAACUGAGUGGCUGUUGACCGCACCUGCACCGGUAAGUGUAUCUGUUCACCGUCUACAGUUUUACAUUAUCGAAGCUUUUGGAUGGCUUUAUUGAUGAUCUUAGAAGUCUUUUUAUUGAUAACUUUGACGGAGAAGGCAAUACUUUGAUGGGUAAUGAGAUCAUUAUCAUUGAACCAGAGCCGGCCCAAGCAUCAAUGGGGCCCUCAGCAAAUUCUGAUUUUGGGGCCCUCUAUUUCUGCCAAUAAUAUUGAUUGUUGAUCAUUCACACACCUUCACAAAUAUCUAUGAUUAACACUCUAUGACAUGCAAACAUACCUUUAUCUUGGCGUUUUUUCUCUUCUUCCUCUUUUUAUUCUCUGCUCCUGAAGGAUAUGUCCUUUUUUUGCGACAAACUUGAUCCAUAUUAGAACUAGAUCAGUCAUUUCCUCUGCCACCUCAGUCUUUACCUUUCUUAAGAGCGAGGUCUAGUUUGGACAGUAAUGAAUGCACAUGUUGUUUUGGUUGCAGCACCAUGAAGCCUCACUGGGCAGAGCAACCAAUCAUGUGAUACCUGAUUGUGACUGUAACAUGGUAAAGUUGAGAGUGUUUUUGUGCAGAACAAAGAGGUUGAACUGUUGUGCUAUAAUACUUUAAUCAUGGGUAAAUUCAGUGUUCACAAGGUCAGACUUUUUAAAGCUCAGAUUCUGUAGCAAUCAAAAACAACUUAAAAUUCCUUUUUGAGUCAAAUAUAUUUUUAUGAAUCAUAGGAUUUCAAGUCAGCGUGAGUCAUCUACUUGUCCCUACUCAUCCCCUCCAAACCCCCCGGCAUGGGACCAUUUCUGGACAUCAGGUAAACACACACAGACACGCAGAGUGUGUGAUGGUUUGAUAGUGUCUCUCCUAGAUCCCCCUUGUUACAUAAUGUGUUUGUCACUGUGAUGAGCAAGCACAGGCAAAUACAAUGAGGAGAGUUUAAUCUGGCAGAUGUGACAUUGAAAAAGAGUUAAUAUCUCAGAGGUUGUUGCUUGGAGGGGGACAUAUUUCAGUCUGGACAGAUUAACAUCUUGGAUGGCCCUGUCUACAACCCUGCAACAACGAGUAUCCUGCUGUGGAAGAAGAAUAAUCCCGCUGCGUUAAUCUGCCAGAGUGGGAGGUGAUCCGAGCUUUAGUUCGGAGAAAACACAAGAACAAAAAAUUACAGAAGGAAACAGGUUUAAUGAUUAUUUAAUUACAAGCUAUUAUUAAUCACAGAGAUGGUGUGUGCAGGUCUGAAAAUAGAGGUGUGCGUGCGUGCGUGUGUUUGUUUGUCAGACAGGAGCAGUAACUGGGAAUUAGAAUGAGAAUCACGUUCUGGUUUUAUUUACUGAUUAUUUGAUCCUUCAGUUUAUGAUUCACAUGAUUUUUAUCCGCAAAUAACCAAGAGAGAGAGAGUCCACCAGGUCCACUCACACCAGAGAGGAAGGCCUGAACACGGGGGAUUACUCUCUCUCUCUCUCUCUCUCUCUCUCUCUCUCUCUCUCUCUCUCUCUCUCUCUCUCUCUCUCUCUCUCUCUCUCUCUCUCUCUCUCUCUCUCUCUCUCUCUCUCUCUCUCUCUCUCUCUCUCUCUCUCUCUCUCUCUCUCUCUCUCUCUCUCUCUCUCUCUCUCUCUCUCUCUCUCUCUCUCUCUCUCACCCUAUGCUAUGCCUCUCAUUUCGGUCAGUUUCUGUGAUGACUACAGACAUGAGCACUGCGGGCGUUCAUCGGGGCUUCCUCAGGAAAUAUGGUAGGCCUGCUGUGAUUCCUCCUUCAUGUUUUUGUCCACAUGUAGUAGGUGAUGAACUACAGUUGGUGUUUUCAGGUAUAUGACAGAGGAUUGUUCUUUUGUGAACAUGUAGUGAAGUCUUAUUUACCAAUUUGCACUGCAGUCUUAGUUUUUCCUACUUCCAUUUAAAAAUCAGAUGAGGACUGACAGGUUCUGGUGUUUUUUUUGGUGCAGAUAGAGAGUUUUUGUCUAAAAUAAACCUUCAAAACGAACAUGUGAGAAGAAAAUGUUCUUGCAGCAUUAAUAACAGUCUACAUGUUUCUUUGUAUAAAUCUGUGCUUAGUUUCAGUAGUUUUCCCCAAAGGAGUGAUAUUCCUGGUAUUUAUGUUUCUCUGAGCUCAAAAGGCUUUUGACUUCACACUGACUGAGGAGGAGAGCCGUCUCACAUCAUCACUACAGCUCUGGGAUGAGUGAUAUCACUUAGAUGGUCCCAUUGUGGGACACAAUCUCUUCCAGAUGUCUUUUUACAGAAUGACGAGAUGUUCGUCUUUGGAGCCAAGUCAGGAUUCAGGACUCUGUGCUUGUUUCAUGUCUCUGUUUUUAUUCACAUCUGCUUCAUAUCUUGUUGAUUUUUAUUUGAUGAUGGCGUCCUGGUGGCUCAUGGGAGGGAAACAACAGAUAGUUUCGUGUCAGCAGUUUGUCCUAACAGUGGACUGUGAGCGUGGCACCGAGCCUCAACAAUGUUAAUGAUGUCAACUGUAAAAAAAAGUACCACCCCCUCCUCCCCUCUACAUAUAAUCCACCUGUGUUCAUCUUUAAUCCGCUGUAUAAAGAACUGGAGCAGAUCUUCCCCAUCCAUCAACACUGUGCUCUCUAUCUAAUAGCAUUAUUACACAAUGUACUGCUGUCUGUCUGUCUGGGACACUGUCAUGUGUGUCCUGUCCUAAAAACUCACAGUUUGUCCCUCGAACCGUCCACAGGCUUAGGCUCCUUUUAAGAGAUCAUCCAUUUUUAAAACUCAACAUACGCCAGAUGGUUGUUUGCUCUUAAAGCACUAUUUUCAUAUUAGUGAUUAGUUACCUCAGCUGACAUCUCUCCAGUAAUUUUAGAAAUUGUGCCCCAGACAGCUGCAUUUUUUUCUAUUUGUUGCUUUGUGCCUUUUUUUAUAUAUCUUUAUGGAUUAAGAGCAAUCCUAAUCUGAAACUGAAAUCAUGUCCUUGGUGAGGUUAAUGGGAUAAGUCAGUGACAUUUAAAAUGGAGCAUUGUUUUCUUUUCUACAGAUUAGACUCUCGGCACACACGACACAAAUACAGUUUAACAGAAGUGAGGUUUAAGUUCUUAAUGCUGUCGACAAAGACGUGAUUAUUCAGCACUGAGGUGAUUUUUAUUAUUGCAUGAUGAUACUUUCUGUAGUAUUUCAUAUUGGACUGAAUGAGAACACCACAGUUUGAAAAUAAUUGAAUCAACAUGCAAACAUCUCAGUGAGGAUUCAGCAAGAAAACACUAUUUUUUUGACAGGUUUGUGAUUCAGAUAUUAUCAUUAUUAUUAUCAUUGUUAUAUGUAUUUAAGCAAAAAAAGAGAAAAGUGUCAGUAGUUGGCCUUACUUUGAUUUGGAGAAUGAAGAGAAAGUGGAAAAAGUCGGUCAUCUCUGGUUAAACUGGUCUGCAGCCUCCGUCUCUCUCCCAAAACACUGGCCUGUAGACAUUGAACCAAAGGUUAGACGUGUAGCUCUGCCACAUCAGCCUCACCUGGGAAACAAUGAGAAAUGAUUGUAUAGUCAAUUUGCUAAAUGUUCAUAGAUCCAGGAUGAAUCCUAACAUCAAUUUAUCAAAAAUCAAACUCGUCUGGAAUUCAACACUGAAUGGGACAAAUGGACAAAAUACAAAACUCACUGCAGAGACGCCACUGGAGAUUCAGAAUGAAGUUAAAAACUUUGUAAUACCACAACUAAAGACAUGCAUCCCUCUGACACAGCUGUUUUUAUGUUAUUUUUCCUUAAAAUUAAAUUAAGAAUGAGUUAAAAAUGGAAAUUUUCCUAAGUGAUAAAAAAACACAGACUUUUAUCAUAAUACACAGGACCACUGUGACACCUUUGUCAUCAUGAGUAUGCUGUGAUUAAAGAGAAAAACUGCAGUUGACUGUCAGUCAUAUCUCAUCCAAAAAAAAGAAACUAAAGUCUGUUUUUUUUUUUUCUGGUAGGGGGGUUUAUGUUCAAGCAGUGGAAGGAGAAGUAUCUGGUGCUGACCAUGGAGGGAUCCCUGCUGGUGUGUCGGGAUGCUGAGUCCCCUCCAGAUCAGGUGAUAGCUCUUCAUAACAACUGUGAGACCAUCGCAGAGGGACGAGAAAUCCUCGACCUCCCUAAACUGCCUCCAGGGGGCAGGAGAGACUGCUGCUUCGCCCUCAUCCUGCAGCAAAACAAGUUCCUGCUGCUGCUCACCGACAACCCAGAGGACUGCAAGUGUGUCUCUCUCUGUCUCCCUCUGUCACUCACAAACACACAUUCACCCCUCCGAUAUCCUUUGACCCACUCACAAUCAGCUGUUACCUGCACACAGUGACCCACUGAAACAUUAAAAUUCAGCUCUCCUUUGUCCCACUUGGUGUCAGACGUGUUUACAGCAGACUGUUAUCAGAGUGGUGUAAUCUGACCUUUCUCACGUAUAAGAUUUGGAAAGACAAACCUGGAUCUGAUUCAAACGUAAUGACUUGUCGUUUUAUCUUCACACAGCUUGUGGCUCAACCUGAUCAGGAAAGUCAGAGAGGUGAGUCGUCAGUUUUGGUCCUCUUGUUUCUUUGUUGAAACUUGUAUGUUUGUGGUUUUAACUCCAUUAAAACAUGAGAAUCUUUGAUUUAUAUCUUUGAAGUUUGGACGGGUUCAGAGGAUGUUUUCGGCCAUCGUAUAAUGACCUUCUGUGUGCCUCAUUUUCCAGGGCGUCAUGUCUCCCCUGACCCUCCAGAGACAGCACAACAUCACCCCCUGCAUCACCGACAGAGACCCCCUUCCUGACUCGUCCAGUGAUAAAGAACCCGGGUCACCCAGGGUGGGUGAGGGUACGCCUCCUUUAUCGAGGGUCACUGAACGAGGCGGGUCCCUCAGGGAGAGAGGUCCAAACCAAGGUUGGUUGUAAAGCUCGUUAGAGAGUCGCUCACAUGUUGGAGCUGAUUGGCUGUCUGUGUCACAAUCCAAUCAAACUUUGAAACAUUCACAGUUAUUUAUUUUUCAUACGACUUUUCCAGCUGGUGUAACGAGAAGAUCUCUGCGGGGUUCUGUGCCCCCGCCUCAUCGUGUGUCAGAUUGCCUUCGCCAUGGCAACAGCAGCGAUGCCCGUGCGGUCAGGGCGGUGUGCCUGCUGAUGGGAGGAGCAGCAGCCUCCUCCGCUCUGGGCUACCUCAACUCCUGUUCCCCCUCGUCCCCCCUGGCUGCCGGCAGAUCCGCAGAAAUGACCAACAGCGCAGGGGGUUUCUCCGAGCUCUCUGCAGGGAGCUCCCACCACGCCUGCAGUCAGGACGUGGACUCGCCGCACUUCAACAGCUUCGACUUUGAAGGAGACUCGGACUUUGAUGCGUUUGACUGCGGGGGGUUUGCGUUUUAG